AUUAUAGCAGUGGUAAAGUGAAGCUUAGAACACUUACGUAAACAUUUGAGACAAAGAUACAUUAAGAGGGUUUUACGUCGCACCUGACAAACAAAAAAGAUUGACAAUAGUGAGCAAAUCAGCCUUCGCAAAAUCAAAAGGAAAUGGCGUACAUCCGCCAUAGCUUCUCCCACCAUAAACAGAACACACACGAGCUCAACCAUGACGUAGUAGGCCUCCUACGUAAACACCGAUAAACUUUGUUGAACGACUUGUCGAGGGGAUUUUAUCUACUUUCGCGAGAAAGUUUUAAGAGCAGUUUUUAUGAUAAAACACGUAGAUGUCAGCACUAGUUUGGUUUUUGACAAGACAUAUCCAUCCGCUUCUACUUGCGCGUCAAGCGCAUCAACGAAAGCACCCGGAUGGACUGUCAUGGCCGCCGUCGCUGUGGUUCCACAGAGAGCUGAAAAGGAAGGCGAAUGUUCCCGCUGUGUGUUUUUUCCCCGGCCUCACCGUGUUUUAGAAUGUUCGGUGUCAAUGGGACCGAGCCUGAAGUUCCAUCAAGUGAAUAAUACUCAGGCUGCUCCAACUCCUGCUCUUCAGAGAAUCUCACAUUCGCGUCCCCCUCUGCCUACUUAAGAUCGCGGGCGCAGUAGCUUUAGCAGGGACGCCCAGACUUCCUUCUCCCCAGCCACUUCAUCCAGCUCUUGCGAGGGGAUCCCGAGGCGUUCCCAGGCCAGCCGAGAGACGUAGUCUCUCUCGUGUCCUGGGUUGUCCACGGGGUCUCCUCCCGGUGGGACGUGCCCGGAACACCUCACAGGGAGGCAUCCGGGAUGCAUCCUUAACGGAAGUCCCAGCCCCCUCACCUGGCUCCUCUCGAUGCGGAGGAUCAGCGGCUCUACUCUGACAUCCUCCCGGAUGACCGAGCAUUUAAAACAAAUUCACAAUUAUGGACGAAGACCUUAAAGUACCUCACAGUUCUGCCAUCAGUGACAGCAUGUCAUCUGUAGAGGAUGUAAAAGACUCUCCACAGCUCAAAGAAAGAGAACGCCAUGGUCAAGGGAAUACAGGCAUAUCGCCUGUUAAGCAACAUGGUUCCAUCAAACGAGCCAAUUGUAAAAUUCAGCAAGGAGCUGUUUUUUCUGGAAACAUAUUGAGUUUUGGCUGCUCUGUGUGCAAGGAUGAUUCUAUGUACAGUCCUAAUGAUCUCCUUAAACAUUUUCGAGGGGCCCACAAAGGAAUCUUGCCUACUUACCCUUGUGAUCUUUGUGGAUUUGUCACAAAUGAAUUUGCAGCUCUUCAACGUCACCGGAUUGAGCACAAAAAUACUUUGGUCACAUGUGAGCUCUGCUGUGAUGGAAAUCAAUAUUCACUGCUUUUGCUUACGAGACAUUACAUCAUGUGUCACAGUCUCAAUGGUAAGUUUCACUGUGACUGGUGUGAGUUUACAACUGUGGAUGCAGGGACAUUUGUCCAACACAUUCAUCAUCAUAAUGAGAGUCCCUGGAAAUGUUCCAUGUGUCGACAUGUCAGCUUGAAUGAAGUGGAUCAUCAAAAGCAUCUAAAAGCUCACACAAUUUUGUUACCUUUCAUUUGUCAAAUCUGUGGAUAUCGUGCAACAACCAUCAAGCAGCUUAAAAGACACACAGUAGCUGCUCACAAGAAAGACAAGCAUCCAUACAACCAACAAGACCAUACAAAUGUAUGGAAGACUUUAAAACAUGGAGCUGCUCCCACAAAUUCUUCAAGUUGUCAACAUGUACUUAAAAAUAUUUCUGAGCUAGAAGAAGCACAAAAGGUAUCAAAAUUAUUUGGUGUAUAUGGUAUCUUACCAAACCAAAAUGGUCAAAUGAAAUCUGAGAUGUAUUCGGAAGAGCCCCACCCAAUUAUUGAUGGGACACCACCAAAAAAGGACUGCGCUAAUUGUAACUUUUGGACUGCGGAACAAUCCUCACGUGUAAUGUUGCUGGACAAUGACAGCUGUGGCUCACCAAACAAUCCUAAUGCACUGACAGUUCUAAUGGUCAAGAAUAAAAUAUCUCUUCCCCCAAACUGUACAACCAAAGUAAUGGGAUUUAAGAUGGUUGAUGGGAAAAAACAUCUAGUUCUCAAAGUAAUACCAGUAGUAAAGCAAAACAUGUGUCCUCAAGACAAUUUGUUAGUGGAAGAUUUGGACUCCUCUGCUACCAGUUCUGGGUUUCUCAAAAGUGAAGUCCUUGUUGACAAUGGGGAAUCAUCUGCGAAUAAGAGCUCCACAUCACAUUGCUUUGCCGUUCCACCAGGAAGUGGGUCUUGCAUACCAUCAGAAGAUAUCAUGGCAGUUAAAGUCAAGAUUGAAGAGGAAGAAACAUCUGUUUUCACUCUCGAGUCUCCUCUUCAUUGUGUUGAUUUUGGGGGAAAAGGUGGUCAUUCUGUAACCGGUUCUUCAACUGCAGAUACAAUGUAUCCAGUGACAAAUGCUGGUGAUCCAAUUGGCAACCAAAAUUCCCCAAGCCAGACAGCUUGUUCAGAAAUAAAUCUGAUUGAUAGCAAAUCAAUCUUGGACAAAUCUGAGACCGUGUCAAAAAUUGGAGCCAAGGUGUCAAAUGUUGAGGCUGACACAUUCAUUGAUUAUCCUUUAAAUGUUUCUCAGGAGGCAUUGCAGAGUAAUUUGACCUGCAAAAUUUUUUGGGAUAAUUCUGAAGCACUCAAUGAGAGGGUGAUAACUCACACCAAAGAAGGAAAGAUUAUUGAUGAGCGCAAAGAGACUUCUCUGAAUUCGACGGAAAAUCUUGACCAGCUUUCCCAAAGCACUCUAGAAAGCACAGAGAACACGGGGAUUAAAUGCGUUAACGAAUACAAACAUUGUAGGAAACAGUUGACAAAUUUGGCACCUCCAGCAGAGAUGGUCUCAUCUGCUUCAUUUGGAGAAAGUACCACAACAGCACCAAGUUCUUUAAACCAUAAAGUAUUCACUUUUCACAAUUAUUCCAAGGAAGCGAUUGGUUUUUCACCCAGAAUAUGUAAAAAAAGUGAUGGUAUGCCUGAACUUACAGCAGGCACAGAAAUUAAUAGCAGAUCAUCUAAUUUUAGUCUUACAUUAGCGGAGUCUUCAAAACCUUUAGAGGAUGGUGAAUGUGCUGAUUCAGAUGAUGAAAACCCAGAGUCAGUGCUGAAAGAUUUUAAUGUUAUAAAAAUUGAGGAGGAGUUCAUUCCAAUAUCUAAAAAUCAGUCUGAUAAAAAAAAUACUUCAUCUGCUUUGGGCAGUUUUGCGGAAAAACACUCAGAUGAAAUAAUUACGCAACAACUCCAUAAGGAGAGAACUGAAUCUUCACAUUCAAACAUUGAGUCCUCCAAACAAAUGGAGACGACUGUACAACUUCAAGUGCAAGAUGAAAAGCAGCAAGUGGUCUUGAAGACCGAGAAAACCUUUGCUAUGCCAAUGCAGGUCAAGGCCACUCCAAGUUUUAAGCUAAUUACUAAUUGUGUAAAUCCUCAAAUCAAUGUCUCGUACAUGAAUUCUGCUUUUAAAACCUUAGGCAAUCCUACUGGUGGGAGAGUCCCUUCAAAAGGUAAAAAUACAGAAACUUCAAAGGCAAGAGUUAAUGCUAAGAUGACACUUGUUUCUUCCCUUACAACUGGUGUUAGUGCUUCUCCACAGCAUUUCCUUAUCAAUAGUCCAAAAUUAAAAGGUCCUGUACUUCUUUCUAGUGCAUCACCUAAUAGUCCUAAAGACAAAGUCACUAAGACACAGUCAACUUGCUACUUGUUCCCAAGGUCCAUUCCAUUUGUUCAAGCUCCAAGCAGCUCUGGCGUCAAGUUACAAAGUGCAAAACUCCCACUGAAUUCCAGACCUGUUCUGGCCAUGCCUGUGAUCUCUGCUGACAAACCUAGCAAUUCGCAGACUGGUCGCCAAGCAUUUUUGCUACGGUACAUUUCUCCCCCCAAAUCAAGCAUACUUCUCAAUAAUCAAGAAAUAAAACCCAGCACUCAGUCUCUCCACACCAGUGAAAAACGAGGAAACAAAGUUGUAUUUAAAAUUGUCAGCCCUACAACUAGCCUGCUUAAAAGUGGCUCACGCUCCUCAAGUUGUCAACCUUUACUUUUGGCUACCUCUCCUCCAACCCAAUGUUUUCUUAUGUCUUCCAACACAACAAAUGGCAAUUCUUCCAACAACCUGAAGAAGAUCAUUACCAGGGAGAAUCAAACACAAAGCGCUGUCAGGAAAUCGACACCUCAGUUGACAGUAAAGAUAAAACCUAGUGAAGCAGAUAAGCCUCAGCUAGCCCCAAGGCCAAUUCGACCUCCAAGUCUAAGAAAACUGCGCAGGAAAGCAUUGUUUGAUGAGCUUCCAACGACCGUGCAUAAAGCUAGAAGGCUCACAAACAAAGUACAGACUGAGACGGACGCAACUGUGUUUUGGAGUCCGAUAGCAAAAGAUGUUGAAAGAACCCUGAGACUUUCCCCGUACAACUGUCUACAGCAAAUUAAAUGCCCCCGGAGAUACCAACCUGUUGUGGUGCUUAAUCAUCCGGAUGCUGAUAUUCCUGAAGUGGCCAAUAUUAUGAAGGUAAUUAAUCGACACAGAGGUGCUGUUGCUAAGGUAUCACUGUCGCAGAAAACAAUUAAAGCGCUUGCUGAGCAUGGCACCCUAAGGGGGGGGAUCUUGACUGAAGGACUACUACUGCAAAGCAUUGAGCCCAGCCCACGAGCAGUUCAGAGUUCAGUCCGAGAGCGUUACCUUCUCAAACUCAAGCUAAGGAAAAUGAGCAAGAAAAAGUAUGAAGUCGUGGAACCAUUAUCAGGCAGUAGGCCAAAGACUGUAGUAUUUGACUGUUGGUUCUGUGGUCGGAUAUUCAAUAGCCAGGAACAUUGGAUUGGCCAUGGCCAGAGGCAUCUCAUGGAGGCAACUAAAGACUGGAAUAAACUGUUAUAAAACGUUUUCAUCCCCAUUUUGUAUGGGUAAACAGUUCUAGGAGUAUAUUUUGUGACCUUUAACUCUGUUCCAUGUACUCUUUGUAAAUUCAAAAUGUUUUAUUUGGUAAAAGAUAUUUUAUUGGUG